AUGUAUGGAACCUCACAAACGGCACAGCCCACUGGAAGAGGGGAACUUUUAUUAUGGAUUAAUAGCGUUUGCACUGCGCAGUACCCAAGUGUUGAAUCACUGCGUGAUGGUGUGGCGUAUUGCACCAUAGUUGAUGCUGCAGCUUCUCGCGUGGCGGAGAACUGCAAUGCGCUUGGACUACCAGAGGCAAAUGUUGCUGAUGCAAGGGCAAAACGUGCAUCUCGGCUUCUCAGUCGUCUUGAGUGGAGUGUUACAGCGACGACGUGUACAAAUCAAGAUCCUUCUUCGGACACUUUGCAGGAACGUGGCUACUGUGAAAAGAAUAUGCAAACAUUGCAACUUAUGCUUCGCGGCUGCGUACCUCCAGAGUUUUCUCUGGAGGUGGAUGUGCCACGCUUGGCGGCAGGAAAGCUUCAGGAGCAUAUUGUGCUUCUGAAGUGGAUGUAUCAGUUUUUGAAGAAAAUGCUGAGCACAUAUUCCAGAUCUGCUCUUGAGCGGCGCGCCAACACUUAUGAAGGUAGUGGGCAAGUAGAAGGGGUGAGAAUGACACGAGCUAUGAAGUUGCAACAAAAAAUGGUCCGAAAGAAGUAUGGAGAGCCUGAUUUUGUUGCAUCGCCUUCUGAAAACGAAACGAAGCAUACUGAAAUAGUGAAUAGUGCGAGGGAGGAUUCUACAACCCCCAAAUUUACUGAAGCAAAGGAUAGUGAUCAAGCUAUACAGCGUGGCCCUUCUCCUGCCAUUGAAUCUGGGGUGGUUGAAGUUGUAAAAGAUGAAAUCGACGCGUUUCCGAAACCUCAACUGAGAAAUCCAGAUGAAACAAACAAGCACAAUCUGCAUUUGAAGAAAAGAAAUUCUCAGCUGAACACCGAACCUACUGACUCCAACUUUUCUUCAAGUGUGCCUAUGACACCUGCAUCGUUUUCUGUGCCGCAGGAGUGCUUUGCCAUGCUGGAGGAUUUGAGACAGGAGGUUGAGUCAUAUGAGGCAGUUGCUCUUGCCACUCAUAGACGUCACCAACGUAGUCUAACAGGUAGUAAAAAUGAUGAGGAAGGCUCUUUUGCCGACGAGGGUUCUAUGAAUGAGGAGCUACAAUUGACAAAGUCUCCGAUCCUAUCAUUAGAACAGCUUGGCCUAUUGCUGGAAGAGCGAGACCAAUUAUGGCAGACACUAGAAGUGCUUCAUGAUGUGCUUGCACGGAAUCUGGCUGGGGAAGGAGAGGGAAGUGGACGUGCCAAUCCUGCUUCACCACUUGUAAGAAAAAUAAUGUUGGCACUUCAUCCCUUAUAG